AUGGUGAUGAAAAGGCUAGGAUUCCGCGACAAAGGAUUCGAGGAAAAUGAGGAGAAAAUUGUUGAGGAGGAUAAGUUUCAUAGUUUGUUUGUGGAGGAAGAGCCAAGUUUAGAGGAAAUAUGGGAGACUUUUAAUGUGUUUGAUGAAAAUAAAGAUGGGUUUAUUGAUGGUUUGGAACUAGGAAGAGUUCUUUGUAGUUUAAGAUUUCUCAAGGAAGGAUUAGAUGUUGAAAGGUGUAAGAAGAUGAUCAAUUGUUUUGAUAGAAAUAAGGAUGGAUUACUUGAUUUUAUAGACUUUCUUGAGUUUAUGCAGAUUAGUCUACGUUAA